AUGGUUUCCAACGAAAAUUGCACGACUAUGGACGAACAUAUCGUAAAAAAGAGGUCUUUAAGUCACCGCGAUGCGGCUUUAGCUGCUUUGGCACUAGCUCGCUGGAACGUGAAAAGCCCCGUGAGCAUAUUUAGUGGGCCCCAAAUCAUUCCACUCGAGGUACUUCGUGUACUGCGUUACUCGAGCAAAAUAUUUAUUGAGUGUUAG